UCGCUUGAUUUUCUUCCAUCGUAUCACACAUUCUGUUUGUCAUGUCUUUGCUCAAUGUUUGAGCUGGUCUGAGUUUUGUCUGCUGGUUUCACCGUGUAGUGAAAAAUUUAGUUAGGGUUACUUCUGCGACCCCAGGUAGUGAACUGUACUGGUGAAAACGCCUACCUGUCCCAAAUCAGACGAAUAUUCAAUAUUCGGGCGGAGCAGCGUGCUAACGAGUUGGUUGGAUUAGGGCACGGUCCACAGUUUUCCACGUGAUUGAAAAGUGUACGAUUUUCAAGCGCUCAAACAGCGCCGAGUAAAAGUGUUUGCAUGAAUAGCUGCGACUGAAACAAAAAUGGCCUGCGCUAGUGCUACGACUGGUAGCAACAUGGAUGUGGUAGCGCCAACAAACGUUUCCGUCGCCUCACGGCCGUCACGAUUCACCAUGGAAGGCGUCGGGUCGCGGGUCAUCCGUGGACCAGACUGGAAAUGGGGCAAACAGGAUGGCGGUGAGGGCCAUGUUGGAACAGUGCGCAACUUCGAAUCUCAGGAGGAGGUGGUGGUCGUUUGGGACAAUGGUACGGCAGCAAACUAUCGGUGCGCUGGUGCGUAUGAUCUGCGCAUCCUAGACAGUGCCCCUACCGGAAUCAAACAUGAGGGGACAAUGUGCGACACCUGUCGGCAAACGCCGAUCUUCGGCAUACGUUGGAAGUGUGCCGAGUGUAACAACUACGAUUUGUGCUCGAUUUGCUAUCACGGAGAUAAGCAUCAUAUGAGGCAUCGAUUCCAUCGAAUCUCGACGCCGGGUGGGGAAAAAACGAUGCUCGAGCCCCGACGAAAGACGAAGAAGAUUGCGGUGCGGGGUAUUUUUCCCGGCGCACGAGUAGUACGCGGUGUGGAUUGGCAAUGGGAGGAUCAGGACGGGGGAAACGGUCGACGAGGCAAAGUAAACGAGAUUCAAGAUUGGUCGUCAGCUUCACCGCGAUCGGCUGCCUAUGUGGUGUGGGAUAACGGAGCGAAAAAUUUGUACCGCGUUGGUUUCGAAGGGAUGGCUGAUUUGAAAGUGGUUAAUGAUUCCAAAGGGACGAAUGUGUACCGUGAUCACCUGCCCGUGUUGGGUGAGUAUGGUCCCGGACGGGGACCGCAUAGUUUCCAGAUUGGUGAUCAAGUGACGGUAGAUUUGGAGAUUGAGAUUGUGCAGUCGCUUCAGCAUGGUCAUGGAGGAUGGACCGACGGGAUGUACGAGUGUAUGAAUACCACCGGAACGGUGGUAGGCAUUGACGAAGAUCAUGACAUCGUCGUAGCUUACCCGAGCUCUCAUAGAUGGACUUUCAAUCCGACAGUGUUAACGAUCGUCUCUCCUCCCGCUUCGCUGCACAGUGAGAAUCAAUCACAGCAGUUUGCAGUUGGUGAUUUCGUAAAGAUCUGUAGCGAUUUGGAGCGGAUUAAAAUUCUGCAGCGAAGUCAUGGAGAAUGGGCAGAAGCUAUGCUUCCCACACUCGGAAAAGUUGGACGCGUUCAGCAGGUGUACCAUGAUAAUGAUUUGAAGGUGGAGGUUUGCAACACAUCUUGGACGUACAAUCCGCUGGCUGUCACUAAGGUAGCUUCGUCAUCCGAUGGUUCCACUGCCGUUACCACCAACGGUGAGCGACUUUCAGCGAUAUUGAAGAAAUUGUUUGAACCGCACGCGUCGGGUGAUACCACUGAAGAGCUGGUGAAAGCAGCCGCAAAUGGUGACGUCAGCAAAGUGGAAGAAUUCCUUUCCGGAGCCUUGGCACAAAAUGUGUCCGCUGCUUCCACUAGCUCACAGGAUUCUUCACAAGUGGUGAAGGUGGAUGUCAAUGGAGUUUUCGCUGGACACACAGCUCUUCAAGCAGCUAGCCAGAACGGGCAUCUGGAAGUGAUUCAGGUGUUGCUUCGUUAUAAAGCUGAUGUUGAAAUUGAAGAUAAAGAUGGUGACCGGGCUGUUCAUCAUGCAGCGUUUGGUGAUGAACCAGGAGUUAUGGGUUUACUAGCGAAAGCUGGAGCUGACCUGAACGCUCGCAACAAACGGCGGCAAACUGCUCUGCACAUUGCAGUCAACAAAGGUCAUUUCAAUGUGGUCAAAACACUGCUGGAGCUUAAAUGUCACACCAGUCUGCAAGAUUCCGAAGGGGAUACACCCCUGCACGAUGCUAUCUCGAAAGAACACGAUAACAUGCUCUCGUUGUUGCUGGACUAUGGCGCCGAUAUCACGCUGACCAACAACAACGGCUUCAACGCUUUGCAUCACGCUGCCUUGAAGGGCAAUCCCAGUGCUAUGAAAAUUUUGCUCACAAAAACUAACCGCUUGUGGAUUGUGGAAGAAAAAAAGGAUGACGGCUACACAGCUCUGCACUUGGCUGCUCUCAACAAUCACGUCGAAAUAGCGGAACUGCUCGUGAAGAUGGGCCGUGCCAACAUGGAUUGUCAGAACGUAAACUUGCAAACCGCGCUGCAUCUGGCAGUCGAGCGGCAGCACGUGCAAAUCGUGAAGCUCCUGGUACGCGAGGGUGCCAAUUUGAACAUUCCGGAUAAAGAUGGUGACACUCCGUUGCACGAAGCUCUACGGCACCACACACUGUCACAGCUGCGACAACUCCAGGACGUUGAAGGAUUCGGAAAAAUAUUGAUGGGCUUGAGAAAUAACACCGAUAAAAAAGCAUCCGCUUCGAUUGCAUGUUUCUUGGCGGCAAAUGGUGCUGACCUGACAAUCAAGAAUAGAAAACUGCAAACCCCACUGGAUCUGUGUCCGGAUCCGAACUUGUGCAAAACUCUGAUCAAAUGCUACAACGAGCGCAAAACCGAUGAUAUGGAUAUGAGUGCCGCUGGGGCUGGGCUACCCGCGUCCAGCUUGGUACGUAACCCAGCCAGCAAUGCGGCUGGAAGUGGUCAAAGCUCUGCCCCCCCUGGUUCGCAACUGGCAGCUGGCGCUUCCACCGGUGGAAUACCACCCGGCGUAGUUGAUGCUAAUCUGCUCAAUGACCUGAACAAAAUGUCCAUCCAACCGAACAUCAGCGGUCAAUCGAACAACAUCUCCACCCCCACCGGCAAUCCGUUGGAUGAAUGUCUUCUCUGUUCGGAUCAAAAACGCGAUACAGUAUUCAAACCGUGCGGACACGUAGUCUGCUGCGAUAACUGUGGCCCAAGAAUCAAAAAGUGUCUGAUCUGCCGGGAAUCGGUUUCGGAACGCGAAACCAUAGGCGAGUGUUUGGUUUGUUCCGACCGGAAAGCGUCGGUAUUUUUCAAGCCCUGCGGCCACAUGGUUGCUUGUGACAAUUGCGCUCAAAUUAUGAAGAAGUGCGUCCAGUGCAGAACGCAAAUCGACCAGAAGGUUCCGCUUUCGGUUUGUAGCGGUGGUCCAGGGCAGGUAAUUACCGUACAGCAUCAGCGGGACGAGAAGAAAGAACAAGCAGGCAAUCAGACGCUGCUGCAGGGCAUGAACAAAAGCGGUCAUGGUGUCGCAAUGAACAAUACAAUGUCACCGAAUGUGAGCUCCGUAAGCGGUACACCCUCGUCGCUCAAUACAACGAAGAACAUUAGUAAUGGAGGUGUAGCUCCAAGCAAUCUUACCCCCAGAGAUGACAUACAGAAGCUGCGCCCAGAUGACGUCCAAAAGCUGCAGCAGCAGCUGCAGGAUAUUAAGGAACAGACAAUGUGCCCAGUGUGUUUUGACCGAAUCAAAAAUAUGGUAUUCCUGUGUGGCCAUGGAACCUGUCAAAUGUGCGGAGAUCAAAUCGAAGGAUGCCCGAUCUGUCGCAAGACGGUGGAGAAACGAAUCAUUAUGUUUUAAGGGGACGAAUUGCUACUUACUUACUAGAGCUGCUUAAAUACUCAACUAAAUCAAAACUAGAACAAAAUAAUAUUCCACUAUGGAAUAGGAUUGCACUGAAAAUAAUAAUGUAGACCUGUGAAUUCUAAAUUUCAUACCCGAGUAACUGAGACAGAAAAGUUCGAAAGAAUUAAAAUUGCGCAAACAAUAUGCUUGAAUACCGGAAACUUCCAAAUCAUAUAGCCUUCCCAAUGAUGGUAAUCAAAAAAGCUCUGCUGUAUAUCGUGCAAAAGUUACGCAAAUUUUCUCUAAUCGGUAAAAUAUACUGUGAAUGGAGUACCAGUGCAAGCAUGAAAAAAAUCAAGGACCUGCUUUAGAUUGAGUUCGUCACUUCAAUUGGAACUAGUAACACAGUGAUUUGGUUUUCAAAUUAGGUUUUGGGUAAUCCCACAGAGGAAGCAAUUUUCAUGUUAUUCAGUGUAUGUUAUUAUGCUUAAUAGGUGUUAUUACUCUGUUAUAUUUAACAGUGCAAAACCACAUUAGAAGCUGUUCCGAUCUUAGGAUUAUUGUCGCACAUAAGCUUUUAAUCUUUGAAUUUUAUCCCCAUGUUGCUGAAAGUUUUCCUCGGUUUUGUAGCACGGUUUUGUUUUAUUUGAACAUACCCUCACCAAUUGAAUAAUGUUUAAUCAACAAUAUAGAUUCAUAUUCAAUUUUUUUUUAAAUCAAGAACAUCUAUAAUUUACUAAUAACUGCUGAUACAAAAAAACGAUGAUUAGCACAAAGCAGAAAAAACAUCGCAAUAUGAAAAUAUCUGAUAACUAAUAAUGGAACUCAAUGUGUAUUGCUCUGAAUUCCAUAACAUAAAAUCUAUUUUUAUGUAUUUAUACACCAUAGAAAGCUCAUAAACGCAAAAUAUCUUAUGCCCUCUAAGAGGAAUUUUGUUCUUACUACAAACGCAUUCUGCGUGGAGUCUGCUAACCAUGGAAAAUACCUUCAAUGAGAGCUAUUUCGAAAGUGGUUUUAACAGACAGCCACGCUCUAAAAAAUCCUGAAAAUACCAGUACACUGUUUGAAUUAACUUUCCUACAGGGGCCAUAAUUUGGGUUCCAGUUUGUAAAGGAGCAAUAUGAUUGAAUUUAUUAACUAAAGCUAUGGGCUAUUAUUAAUAGGUGUAUUUUUAAUAAAAAUAUCAUUUUGAACU